AUAAAAACAAUGAAGUAAAAAAGGAGCAAAUCCCACGUAUAAAAUAUCAACAGCAAAAUAUUUACAUUAGAAACAUGUGACCCAAAUUUAGGAUUACGAUUUCAAGGUAAAAUAUGGCAGUCCCAGGAAAGAAAGCAUCAAAACAAUUUUCAUCAUCAACAACAUCCAUGGCAUCAGAUGAAGAUCUUCAAAUUUACUGCCAGCCUUGUGACGAGGAAGGAACUAGACUACCUGUCCAUGGUUACUGUACUGACUGCAAGGAACACCUUUGCAAGACAUGCUUUAUAGCACAUAACAAAAAUAGGCUUUCCAAACAUCAUAAACUUCAGGACGCUACGAAUAUGCCUCAAGUUUUGCAGCAACUGUCAACAUCCAUUCACACAGGCCAAUCUGAUGACUUAACUUCACCCUGUCUUAAACAUUCAAAAGAACUGAUAAAGUGCUACUGUCAUGAUCAUGUAGAAUUACUCUGCAGUGUUUGCGUUACCCUUGAACACCAAACUACUUCCUGCAAAGUUGAUUACAUUCCAGACAUUUCUGGUGAUAUAUUAGACAGCAAAGAAUAUCAAGUAAUCUUGAAUGCAGUAAAUACCACUUCUGACAAAUUUCAACAGAAGGUAGAAGAUGUCAAGAAAAUGACAUAUAAUUCAAACAGCUUCGUCAAAGAAUCAUUGGCAGCAAUCAAAAAGUUUCGGCAAGAGAUCAACCAAAGACUAGAUGAACUUGAGAGACAAACUGAACAUGCAGCUAAUGUCAUACAACAAGAAAACAACAAACAUCUGAAAGCAGCAGAAACAACAUGUGAAGAUAUUACCAAAUCUCUGAAGAUAUCAUCAGACAAAAUCAAACAUCUCAACACAACAAAACAAGCUGACACACUCUUCAUUAAUUUAAAACUUGCAGAGAACAAAAUGAAAGUUAUGAAGGAAAAACUACUAACACUGUUAUCGUUUGAUAUCAAAGAAUACAACUUUCAAUCAAAUGAUGUAAUAUCAAAUCUGUUCAAAACGGAGAAGUCACUGGGGACAUUGAUACAGAAAACUUUUAAUACAGAAUCUCAAUCUGUACUCAUAAAGUCUAGACAAUCUUCACGUGAGGGAGAAAUCUGCGUGGAGACAUCAAAAGAUGAAUAUGUGUGCUUUAUAACAGGAAUGACUCUGCUGGCUCCUGAUCUUCUUAUCAUCAUAGACUACGCUAACAAUGCUGUAAAGAUGGUGGAUACCAGCAGUCAAUCUGUCUCUGAUCAACUAAAACUAGAUGAUAGACCAUGGGAUAUCACCACAGUAACCAGUACUGAAUUUCCUGUCACACUUCCUGACAAACAAACAAUACAGUUUAUAUCAAUCUCAUCAAAUAAACUCAUAAUGAAGCACACUGUAAAGGUUGGUGGAGACUGUUAUGGUAUUAGCUGUUACCAAGGUAAAUUUGUUGUGUCAUUUCUUAAUCCUGCAAAACUUCAGAUCCUUGAUAUGAAUGGCACUACACUGAAAACAAUUGAUGGAAAAAAUAUUUUCAAAGAUCCAUGGUUUAUCACAUGUAACAGAAGUUCAAUCUAUGUAUCUGACUGUGACAUGAAGGCAAUAACAAAAUUAAACUGGCAGGGUGAUAUGAUUGGUAGUUAUAGUGGUAUCAGAACCCCUAGAGGAAUGUCACUGUCUGAUGAUGGUACUGUCUUUGUGUGUGACUUGGUUAGAGAGGUUAUACAAGAGAUAUCAGGAGACUGUUGUAUACGAAAGGAGAUGAUGCAGGAUCUGAAAAAUCCAUAUGCUAUUUGCUGGUGUGAAGAAACAAAGAAGCUAUAUUACAGUGCUAAGAAAAAUGAUGAGAAAUAUGACAACUUUCUUCACACCUAUAAACUAUCAUAAACAUGGGCAAAAUGUUAAGAUAUUUUGACUAUAUCUACACACAUACUCUAUAUGCUUAGAUGGGCACUUAAAUCUGAUAUAGCCAUACUUUUCUAUCAGGUGUUUUAUUAUCAGAAUAUAUGUACGUAUGUAUAAGGUUUUAGUUUAUUAUCCAUGGCAAUGUUUAUGUACUGUGAUCCCCAAAAUCCCCAUAAUUCAGUGCUUUUCAUAACAAGAGGACCAGAGUCGCUCACCAGAAACAACUGUUUUUCAGUGUUAUUUUUCAACUUUUACUUGCCCUUCUAGUUAUUGAAAUAUUUUGCCCUAAUAUUUUUGAAAGGCUUUGUUGAAAAAUAUCUAAGUUGCAAGUUUGUUCCCAUGAGACUAUGUAGAAUAAAAUAAUGCAGAAAAUGUUACCACUACAGCAGGGUUAAUUUUGAUGGAACAUUUUUUCUUUAUAACUUUUGUGAAUGAAUACACAAAAUGUCACAUGCAAAAUAUGUAAGGUGUUUACAGUUUGGGACAACACACUUUUUAUACAUCCUAUA